UUCAAACCGAACACCAAAUAUACGACCCACCCCAACUUAGAAUUAGGACGGAUGGAUAUAGGCUACCGACACGUGUCAUUUAAGUUAAUCAGAAUUUUGACCCCACACAGUGGCAAUCUGACUUCCUGUCUCAGGUUGGGCAGGACUCAACUUCCAAUCUUCCAUAGCUCACAAACAACGUUACAUAUAGAGAGGAGAGAGAAAGGAGCUUUCAAAAUUCAGUGCUUCAGUUACCAGCUUACCAGACUGGCUGCGAUGGACAACAAGCGUAAGCUUUCAUUUAAGAAAGCGUCCUUUAUAAAGGUUCUCGAGGAUGAGUUCACCAAGAAGCUGCCAUUACCCCCUGCUUUCACUAAGAUCUUUGAAGAUUACAUACCACUGUGGCUCAUCUUAGAGAUUUCUGGAACCAGAAAAUGUUGGAGGGUGGACAUAGAAAAGGAUGAAAAUGGCAGUUUGUGUCUCAGUUGUGGUUUUAAUUGCUUUGUGAAAGCACAUUCUGUGGAAGUUGGAAACUUCUUGCUCUUUGAGCUUGAAGAACCAUCAAUUCUCCAAGUGAAAAUCUAUGAGAAAGAUGGGUCUGAAAAAACAGUAGGAACAACUCUUGAGUCAGGGUAUGAAGUUGGAGCCUUUGAAUCUCCAAGAAAAACUCCGUCAACCCAUAGAGAAGGAGAAGCAAGUCCAUGGCCUACAACACCUUUAGGAACAAAUUUUGAGUCAGGGUAUGAAGUUGGAGCCUUUGAAUCUCCAACAGAAACUCCGCUAAUCCAUAAAGAAGGAGAAGCAAGUCCAUGGUCUAAAACACCUACUGUUCAAAAUGGAGCAUAUCAGAUGCAGCCGUCCUUUAUUGACAGGAGCACGAGGAAAAAAUGUAUAUUGUCAACUACUAAACAUGGUUUGUGUUUCUCUCUGACCUGGAGAAAGGCCAGUCACUUAACUUAUUAUCUGACAAUUCCAAAGCCGGUGCUAAAUGGGAAGGCAUUAUCCAACAAAGAGGCAGUAACACUCCAGAACCAGGAAGGAAGUAGCUGGCCAGUGGAGUUGAGAUUCAGGGCAGAUGGUCGUGUGGAUUUAGCAAAAGGAUGGAGGGAAUUUGUGAUAGACAAUGAAUUAAUAGCUGGUGACACACUGACCUUUGAAUUUGUGUCAAACAAUGUGAUUCAAGUUAACGUGGAUCGGGCUUCUCAAGUUGACAAUCCUUCUCAAAGAGAACAAGAAUGCAAAAUUGAACCCAUGGAACUUAUUGAUAUGACAUGUGAAAAUGAGGAGCUUGCUGCUAACUGUAUCAUCAAUACCAAUACACCCGUAACCAUGGAUAAAUUUGAGAGAGUUUCCUUGGAAUCGAAAAGCCCUUCAUUCUCUCUAACUUGGACGGAGAAAACAAGAAAUUCUUAUUUGCAUAUUCCGAAGGCAAUUGCCAGCAGGCAGAAGUUGGAGAACAAAGACAUAUUAGUGCUAUGUGAUCCAGAAGGAAGGAAAUGGCUAAUGGAAGUUAGAACCAGACAAUCAGAUGGUCGUGUUGGAUUAGGCCGUGGAUGGAUUGAUUUUACAAAAACAUAUGGAUUUGGUGCUGGUGACACUUUAAUUUUUGAGUUUGUGACUGACCGUAUGAUGAACGUUAAUAUAAUUAAAGUUGGUGGAUUGAACCAUGCUGUUACAGGAGAUAUUGAUAACGCAACAAGUGUUGAAGCUUCACUAAUUGCUCAGAAGAGUCAGAACUCUCCAUGGGGAUCCAAUGUGCAAAGUCUUUUCUGAAAAUUGAAGUGAUGAGAUCACACAUUCGAACAAGUAGAAGAAGUUCAUGGUUUCCUGUCAUUUUGACAUGUAUAUAUACUAGGUACAAACUACCUUUUGAAGCACUAGUUGCCUGGGCAAAGACCUUAUGUCCUUAGGGCCAGUAUUCAUGGAUAAUCACUGGUUUCCUUCGUGAACUUUGUACUUUGUCUUGGUGCUUCAUGUUCAAAAACUUUAAAGGUCAUUUCAUGAUGCAGCUGAAUCUUGUUUAUUUGGCUAUUCAAGUUUUCAUUUCGAUUUACCUCCAAUGUCACUGUUAACAGUUGAACUGUUUAGAUUAAUUGUCAUCGUCUCUACUAGUCUACUACA